GAGACUGCAGUCAGCAGUCGGCCUGCUUCCUUCUCCAAGAGCUGCCAGCUGCCUUCUCUGCAAACUUUGUUUAUUUGAAGAGUCAAUCAGUUGCUGCAUACCGGUGUCUCCACUGGAGAGGGGGCGACUCCCAGCCGGCAGCAGCUCGGGUCCCGCAGUUCAGACAGAGGUCGCCCGCACAAGCCUCCUUGGGGUGGCCUCCGCCUGGCCCAGCACGCCACAGCCGGCAUCCAGGAGCUCCCAGUCGGGGCAGAACAUGAUACCUCUGGAACGUUCUUGGAGCUGGCUGGCCGUGGGCAUCUGCCUACUGGCCUGCAGACCCUCCGAUGGGAGGGAUUUCUCCGGCUCCCGCCCCAAUAUUCUGCUCCUCAUGGCCGAUGAUCUGGGCAUCGGGGACGUCGGCUGCUAUGGCAACAACACAAUCAGGACUCCGAAUAUCGACCGCCUGGCCGCGGAAGGGGUGCGGCUCACCCAGCACCUGGCGGCCGCCUCCGUCUGCACCCCAAGCCGGGCCGCCUUCCUCACGGGCAGGUACCCUCUCCGAUCCGGCAUGGUGUCCAGCCAAGGCAACCGCGUUCUGCUGUGGACUGGGGUCCCGGGAGGCCUUCCGACCAACGAGACCACGUUUGCGAAGAUACUACAAGGUCAAGGCUAUGCCACUGGACUCAUAGGAAAAUGGCACCUGGGUCUGAACUGCAGAUCCUCUGCAGAUCACUGCCACCACCCCCUGAACCACGGCUUCGACCACUUCUACGGGAUGCCGUUUUCCAUGAUGGCGGAUUGCGCCACAUGGGUGAUUUCGGAGAAGCAGGAAUAUCUGAAGCGCAGGCUCGACUGGUACGUGGUGUUGGCGAGCUGCGUUGCCCUCGGGCUCGCGGCAGGGAAGCGCAUCGGCCUCUUCAGCCUCUCGUGGGCGCUGGCCCUCUGCCCCGCGGCUGUGGCCGUCCUGUUCUUCACGGCCUCGCGUUUCAUCGGCACGCUGGUGGUGCACGCGGACUGCUUCCUGAUGAGAAACCACAGCAUCACCGAGCAGCCCAUGAACUUGUCCAGGACGACGCCUCUCUUCCUCCGGGAGGUCUCGGCGUUUGUCGACAGAAACAAACAAAGGCCUUUCCUGCUCUUUGUGUCCUUCCUGCACACCCACAUCCCUCUGGUCACCACGGAGGACUUCCUCGGGGGCAGCGUGCACGGGCUGUACGGCGACAACGUGCAGGAGAUGGACUGGAUGGUGGGGCGGAUCCUUGACACUUUGGAGACAGCGGGUCUGGCCAACAAUACCCUGGUGUAUUUCACGUCGGAUCACGGGGGUUCCUUGGAGGCUCAGCUGGGGGGCCACCAGUAUGGGGGCUGGAACGGGAUCUACAGAGGCAGCAAAGGCACGGCAGGCUGGGAAGGCGGGAUCCGGGUGCCCGGGAUUUUCCGCUGGCCCGGGGUGCUGCCCGCCGGCCGGGUGGUCUCCGAGCCCACCAGCCUCAUGGAUGUCUUCCCCACCGUGGUCCAGCUGGGGGGCGGCGAGGUGCCCCGGGACAGGGUGAUCGACGGCCGGGACUUGCUGCCUCUCCUGCUGGGCACCGCCCCGCACUCGGACCACGAGUUCCUGCUGCAUUACUGUGAAGCGUUCCUGCACGCCGCUCGCUGGCACCAACGGGACCGUGGAGCCGUUUGGAAGGUUCACUACCUGACCCCGGUCUUCCACCCGGACGGCGCGGGAGCCUGCUACGACAGAAUGGUGUGUCCGUGCUCCGGGGACAGGGUGGCCCGCCACGACCCACCUCUGCUGUUUGACCUCUCAAGGGACCCCUCGGAGGCCCACGCCCUCACGCCGGACACGGAGCCCGCGUUCCAUCAGGUGCUGGAGCGGGUGGCUCGGGCCGUGGAGGGCCACCGCCGCACACUCAGCCCUGUGGCUCUGCAGCUGGACGCCCACAGCAACUUCUGGAGACCGUGGCUGCAGCCCUGCUGUGGGGCAUUCCCGCUAUGCUGGUGUGACCGGGAAGGGGACGGGGAUGCGGACGGACAGACACCGCCUGACCGGGACCUCUGACGGGCUGCGUCUCCAUUUCUCCAUCCGGGCUGCCCACCCAGACAAUAGGCAAUGACCAGCCAAGUCCCUCCUACUACAGCAUCUCUCUGGGCAAAGGACCCCGGCCCUGCCCCCAGGAGAGCCUGUUCCAUCCCUGUGGACAGCUCAAGUCCCAAACCAACACAUUUCUCUGUCACACGGGUGUCCAGGCGCCCAAGGGGCCACAUUAAAGAGCGUGGGUUUAUCAUUUCCGCUUGGACCAGGACGCUGUGGUUU